GACAUUCACUCAAACACUAGACUAACGGCUUUACCCGGAUUUACCUUAACUUUACCUCAUCUCACGCAAACUCUUGAGAGGAUUCUGCUGGAAUCGUUUAUAAAAUUACUGGCGAUUAAUCGUCUCUGUUCGUAAAAACAAUGCAAGGUAAAUGAGAGGAAAUUACCAUCUUUGAACGCCAACACAAUGACAAAGACAAAAGUUGAGGCAAAUCCUGAGUCUAAUGCACGCUCAUCCCAUCACGGACGGGACGGGCAGGAUAAAGCCUGCGGGGACGCGAGCACGAGCAUCCAGCAGCCGUCAAGACAAAUCCACAGGCAUCAUGUGCAACACAUGACGUCAAAACAACCCCAAGCGAACGCUUGGUCUAAAAUCAUCCCAGCAGCAUCACAGAGCAAAUCCAACGAGGUUCAGUCAAAGAAACCCAAGCGUGGAGCAUCUGUCACGCCAGACAUUCACACAGGGAAAAAGGAGAUGAGACCAGAGUCGAGAAAACGCUCCGAUAGCAGUAAAUCGUGCGGGAGGAGAAAGUUGUCGGAUGGCAGCAUCACGUCUGAUGACCUAAGUAAAGACUCUGGCUGUGCUGCCGGGAAACUGUCUUCCACGGACAGCAGCUCUGAGAUCUCAGACGCAUCUGAGGACCAUAAGCAGUCCACCGAUGUUCAGUCACAGGAUGGCGAAGUUAGAUGUACUGACGAAGAGAUGAUGGACGAUUCAGCUGAGCAAAUAUUAUCAGAACACAGAGAAGAAGAUGGUCUGAUUAAUGCCACCCUGUCUCCAGGGUUUGGCUUCGGAGAGGGAAGCAUCUCUCCUGGAGACCAGAGGUCCUACGUCUCUCUGGACAGUCGCUUGAACUUGAGCGCGUCUGUGGCAUUUUCGGAUCUUACUGGAGACUUUGCUGUUGGGGUGCAUGAGGAUCUGCUGAGAGAGAUUGAUGACUUAAGAUCAGAAAAUGAAUAUUUAAAGGAUGAAAUGGAGGAGCUCCGCUCGGAGAUGCUGGAGAUGAGGGACAUGUACAUGGAGGAGGAUGUUUACCAGCUGCAGGAACUCCGACAGCAGCUGGAACAGGCCAACAAGGCUUGUCGCAUCCUCCAGUACCGACUUAGGAAAGCAGAGAGACGCAGCCUGCGUGUAGCCCAGACGGGACAAGUGGACGGAGAGCUUAUCAGGACACUCGAACAUGAUAUUAGGGUGGCAAAAAGCGUGUCCCUUCGUCUACACAGUGAACUUGAGGCCAUUCAAAAGAAAAAUUCACGGCUGGAAUGGGAAAAUGAGGAGUUACGUGAACGGCUGCAGGAUCUGGAGGUGGCAAAGCAGGUUCUUCAGGCUGAGAUGGACAAAUCACAGAAUUCUCUAAAGAGACGAAGUUUGAGAUCAACAUCCAGUAAGAGUGAAAAGAAGCUCUCUCCACAGGAUGACAGUGCUGAUUUGAAAUGCCAGCUCCACUUUGCCAAAGAAGAGUCUGCGCUCAUGUGCAAGAAACUAACAAAGAUGGCCCUGGAGAGUGAGGCGAUGCGGGAGGAGCUCGCCAAAUACCGUCUGCUUUAUGGUGAGGUGGAUGAAACCCAGGCUGCAGCAGGUGCCACUAACUCCGCCCACACCCGAGAAGCAGAGGUCAAAGUUCACUUGCGGCUGGUGGAGGAGGAAGCCACGCUUCUGAGCCGUCGAAUAGUGGAGCUAGAGGUAGAGAACCGUGGGUUGCGAGCAGAGAUGAGUGAACUGCGUGAACGAGGAGGAGGAAGCCUGGAAGAAGAGGAGACGAUGAAGAGGGCCAGUAAAGGAUUAGCAGUGCCUCUCCAAACUGGGGAACAGGGGGAGAAGCUUAGAGGUGGAUGUCUGGAUGAGAAAGAGAAUGCAGAUGCAACAACAAACCACAAUAAUAUGCAGAAGAACCAGAUGCAUGUAGCGGAGGAUCUUGUGGAGAAAUCUUCAAUUAGCAACAUGCACAGAGAAGGGCCGAUUGGUGGGGAACAGGAGCUUUCUGCAGAAACUAAAGAGGAAGACGGACAAGCUCAGUGUAAGUCAGAGUGCACAUUUGGUGUGAAAGAUCUAGAGAGUCUUCUUGCCAUCCAUGACCAGGCUCUGCUUGUCAGAUCGACUAUCCAGCUCCUAACAACCCCAGCAAAAAAUGGCCUCUCACCUACAUGUACCCAUAACACUCCUGCUGGUGCUCCCUACUUAGUCAAAACUGCAGUAGAUCCUCAGUGCAAAACACAUCAGUGGCUUUUGGACCCCAUGUUGAGUCCCUUGACCAACGGAUUAGAGGUGUUACAAGCCCAACUGCGUGCUCUUGUGGAAAAGUUGGAGGUGCUGUCAAACUCCAAUUCAGAGCGCCCUGGGCCUGUUACAGAGAAGAAUAUGUUGCAUUUCGACAAAGAUUUAAGUGAAAUGAAAGAGGACGCAAAGAAUCUAGAAAGUCGAGAACUUCCAUGUGAAGGAAAUGUUCAAAAUCAGUGUAACCAGGACAGCUUAGUGCUGCUCACUCUGCAGCUCCGGUGGUUUGUCCAGCAGUGGAGGCAGGGAGAGAGACCCCCAGCUGAUGGAAAGAGUCUGUUUGAGUUGUAUUGUCAGAAUGAUCGUCAUCUGCUUAUGGACACAGAGUCAAAAGCGUGCAAGUAUAAACCUCAACAGAAGUGCAACAAUCAGGUUAGCAGUGCCCUGCUGUCAGACCUCAGAACAGCUCUGUCGGAUCUGUUCUCUGAACUUAUGGAGCAGCACAGGGCAGCCCAGUUUGUCAUCCGGCAGUUUGCUAAUGCCAAAGCAGCGUGGGCCGUGGAGUGUGCAGAGCUCAAGAGCCUCAUAAGCAGGCUGGAUGGUUCAGCUGGGAAGGCAGGAGUAAAGGGUCCAUCAGACCCCAAUGUGGCUUUGCAGAAGGACCACAUUGAGAAGCUUCAGCACCUGUUAGCAGAGUCCUACACUGCAGUGAUGGACCUGACAAGACAGCUGAAGGUCCGUGAAAGCAGCUGGAGCUCUGAGCGGCAAGAACUGCUAGAACACCUGAAGCGUGUGCGUCUAGAGUGUGAAGGGUUGAAGACAGCUAAGCAAAAUAGAAAAAUUCAGUCCCCCAGAUACAAGAUGUUGACCAAAGAUGCAAAAAUGGAGAGGAUGCCACCCAAAAAUAGCAUGACAAAACGCAACAAGAACUGGAAGUACCUCAGUCAAGAAGCUGCCGUUCUGGACAGAGACGACCCCUGCAAGACUUGGGACUCUCCCAUCAUGCCUCCCAGUUUCCCUGCUCUGAACUUAAACCCGGAGCUGACCCAGAGAAGCCACACUGCUCCAGAGAGAAGCAGCAUUCGUAUAUAUUACAGCCCUCCAUCAGCAAAAAGGAUCCAAAUGAGCUCUCUGAUAGCAGCAGAGGAGGAAGAGCUCGAGGAGAGCCAGGAACCAUAUUUCAGUGCUGUUUCCUGUAGCCUUGUAAACCAAGACUGGGUCACUGCGUAUGAAAACUGGCUGGGUAGCCUGCCGUUUGACUGCCAGAGUUUGAUGGAGAGAGAUUCGAACGCUGUCAUCAGUUCUACAUCCUCUUCUGGUCUUCAGAUCUCCAGUAUGACAUCCCCUUCACGCUUGGCUUUCAAUAACUUGGGCGUCUCAGCCAACCUAAGUGAUGACAUGAAGGAAAUCACAGCCAGUGUGCUGCAAACCUCCCAAUCCAGCCCUCUGGAGAGAAAAAGAGCGAAGGAUUUUGGGAGCAGUAUGGUGAGUGUUGUGAGCAUAGGAACGCAAACUCAAUCCCAACCACAGGUGACCACAGUUGGGCUACAAACCGAUGGUCCUCGAUGUCUUUAUGCUGCGAAGCACUGGUCGCCCAGAGUGACCUCAUUUGUAUCUUCAAGAACCCCGCAGACAUCAGUGUCACUGGAAAGGGUCCCUGGUCCAGCAGAUCGGUUUCAACCACAGACCACCUCUCCAAAAAUACAACGCAGACACUCUGCAUCCUCUCCCUUUUCCUCAAAGUCUUCCUCUUCCACAUCCCCCUCAUCCUCUUCCUCUUUCACUACAUCCUCUUUGUCCUCCUCCUCAUCUCUGAGCACCUCCUCUAGAAUGGAUUAUGGAGCAAAAGACCGUGGUUUGUGGGCUCUGCCACAACGUGCUCCGAUAAAUAGCAGGCCGAGUUCAGUAUCAGUGCAGGGCAGCGAUAAACAUGGCAGCCGUAAAAAUGUAGGGGUUCACAAAUACGGUCUGGUCCAUGAGUUUCUGCGCAAUGUCUGUGGUCGAGGAGAAAAGGCCAACCCGGAAUUGGAGAAAGUGCCAGCAGCUCGUAGGGAUCACAUCGGUCUGGUGGGUUCAAAGAAAUCCGAGCACCCACCGUCUCGUAUACCAGCGGUGCCACUGGUCAGAAAUGACAGCAUCACCAAGAUUGUGAACCGCAGAUUUAUGAAACAAAGCCAAAAAGAGGAGACUGUGUGUCAGAGCCAGGUCCAAACUCAGCGUCAAAUCGACAGGGGUUCAGUCAGAAAGAGCAAGGGCUUGGAGGAAGGAGCCUGUGACUACAGCUCACGCUCUUUGACAUCCUGCUUUGCUCGACCCUCACAAAAAAACAUCCGGCACAUUCCCAGUCAAAACAAGCCCCUCCCACACGAACACCCCCCAUCCCGUGGUAAAGGUGAUUCUCUUGCUUAAUGGGACUGAUACCAUGUCACUUCUGGGAUCUACAGGCCUGCAUGGACAGAUUUCUUCAGAACUGGAAUGCCCGUCAUUCAUACAUUUCCACAUAUUCCCCACACCUUGUGUGUUUGGCUAAAUUAAUAGUUCCUUCAGUUCCAUUUUAGCAUGUUAAAAUCCAUUCCACAAACAUUAGCUUCCCUUAAAAUCAGCGUAAAAAACAUGAAAAAGCUUUGUAGAUGCCUUCUGGGCUGUCUCCAGGCUAAGUUACUGUUUUAAUUUAAUAGAGAAACUAAGUAGGGCUUGUACAGAAUUAACCAUGCUGUUAUUGUGCUGAAGUUCCUGAUUCCAGCAAGAUCCAGUUUUUACUUUCUAGAUCCUUGAUGAACUUUACUUUGUUAAUUUUUAAAUAGAUAUAAUUAUGCAACAUUAAUGCAUAAUAGAACGCGUGUACAUUAUUGUUUAAAUGUUUUUAGAUGCCUUUUGAAUGUGACCUGUUUCUCAUAGCUGUCUUAAAUGUAAUAUGACCUGUGCUUUAUAUCUGCAAACAACAUAUUUGGGGGCCAAGCACCUUAAUCAGAGCUUAGGUUUGUGAAUUGUAGCUAUUUGAAAUGUGACACUUUUUAUUGCAUGUUAAUAAAUACUGGUCAUGACAUUGUAUUUGAAUUUGAAGAUAUGUCAACUUAAUGAUAUUUCAGGUUUUUCUCUUUAACUGCCUAUAGCCACAAAGAGAAAGAAAAAAAUAUAUAAGGAAAAUGUAAGUCAUUUAAAAUUUGCAUUACUUUUAAUUCCAUGAAACAAUGUAUAGAGGUAUGCAAUUAAACAAAUACCCU